CGGCGCACCGGGCCUGCCGGAAGUUUGCCGAGCAGCUGGUUUUCCGCUCUGGGUUCGCUGUCCGCUUCCCGUCCCUCCGGGUCGGGCUCGUUUCGGGAUCAUGGAGGAGCCCGAGAUGCAGCUGAAAGUGAAGAAAGUCACAGACAAGUUUACAGAGAGCAUGUAUGUCUUGGCCAACGAACCUUCGGUCGCCUUGUAUCGACUCCAGGAGCACGUCCGGCGGUCCCUCCCGGAAUUAGCUCAGCAUAAGGCUGAUGUGCAGAGCUGGGAGGAGCAGAGCCAAGGAGCCAUUUAUACCGUGGAGUAUGCUUGCAGUGCCAUCAAGAACAUGAAGGACAGUGGCGUGUAUUUCAAGAGCAUCGAAGGCUUGCUCAGACAUGCCACCGCUGUCAAAGAUCGGCUGAAUUCUUCCCGCAGGUAGAUUUUGAACCCGGACCCCUCGGGAUCCAACCCGCCACGAAUGCCACCCUUGCGGUUGACACGCCUGCCCUGCACAGCCAAGACGGCGAGGUGCCCUGGCUUCCGGGUGCCAUCAUGUUAACGAAUCGUUCUUAUUGUCAUGGUUAAUAUUAUUAUAAUUAAAUAUCUGAACACAAA